CGAUGACACACAGUGCCCGUAGUCGCGUAGGCGUACGUGCCGCGACGGCUAUUUUUUUUCUCUCCCUUCGCUCCGCGCGGCCGUAAUUUCAGUAUCGCCCCGGCGUCGCUGCAAGGACGAGAACAACGAGUCGAAUCAUGGCUACGCUGUACCCAAACCUGUCCGAAAAAUUCAAGUGCGAGGGCCUCUGUCCGAUCUGCCUGAUGGAGAUGGAAUUGGCGCCCCGUUACACCUGCGACAAUGGACACACGAUUUGUUAUCGCUGCAAACCUUAUUAUUACGCCUGUCCCACCUGUCAGGCGCCAAUGAACGUGGUGAUGCCUGCUUCUCAUAACAGCGCGUCUUACACACCGCCACCCACUCACUUUUUGCCACAUCCCCUCCCACCGAAAUUCCAGGAUCAUUAUCCGACUGCACCGGUAGAAGAUUUCCUUAAUCACGAGAGACACGCGUAUCCGCCUGUCCCCCCCGAACACCAGGAACUGAGGUCCUGUGCGUACACUGAUUAUGGAUGCUGGGUCAGGGUACCGGUAUACUUGAUAGAUCUGCACGAAUCUCGAUGUCAAUUUCGCCCACACUUGGAGGAAGAGAGUCUUCCCACGGACGUGGCUCAUGUGCACGACGACCUGGUCGAGUGCAAGCAUCGAGUCGUCGGGUGUAAAGUGAAGACCUCGCCCUGGAGGAUUGCCAUCCACGAAAAUCACUGCCAUUACAAAACCCGUUACGAGUUGAUGAACGAUAUCACCGAGAGUCUCGAUAUUGUAAGCAUCGUCACCGACGAGGACGACGGCGACCCGGAAGAGCUGGUGGAAUGCAAGUUCCGAAAGUACGGUUGCAUGGUCAACAUGCCAAGAAGACGAAAACAGAUCCACCAGGAGAAGUGCAACUAUGGAAAGUACCAUCAAGAGGGCGAGUGCUCGGACGAAAGCGAGUACGAUCCCGAGGAGCAAGUAGCGUGCAAAUGGGCCGAACACGGUUGUAGAGUGAGACCGAAACGCUGUCGCGCGGAGACCCACGAACAAAAGUGCAAUUACAGAAUGGAGGAAUGCAGCUAUAAGGAUAACGGAUGCACAGCUAUGUUCCAUCCGUCCAGAAAAUAUGCUCACGAGAGAUCUUGCGAGUUUAAUUAUUAA